UAGAAGGCCAACUCCGCCCGCCUGAGUCACGGCUGGAGCCGGGGAGGAGCCGGGGAAAGGCAGCCCCUGCCCAGAGCGCAGCCAGCGGCCGCAGGGAGAGCAGCCAGGGCGGGCUGGAACCAUGGGGGAGAGCGCGCUGGAGUCCGGGCCUGUGCCAGCGGUGCCGGGCGGCCCGGUGCACGCGGUGACCGUGGUGACCCUGCUGGAGAAACUGGCCACCAUGCUGGAGGCGCUGCGGGAGCGGCAGGGGGGCUUGGCCCAGCGGCAGGGCGGCCUGGCGGGCUCCGUGCGCCGCAUCCAGAGCGGCCUGGGCGCGCUGAGCAGCAGCCACGACACCACGAGCCACACGCUGGCGCAGCUGUUGGCCAAGGCGGAGCGCGUGGGCUCGCACGCCCACGUGGCCCAGGAGCGCGCGGUGCACCGCGCCGCCCAGGUGACCCGCCUGGAGGCCAACCACGGGCUGCUGGUGGCGCGCGGGAAGCUCCACGUCCUGCUCUUCAAGGAGGAGGCUGAAAUCCCAGCCAGCGCCUUCCAGAAAGCGCCCGAGGCCCUAGACCCUACAGAACAACUCCAGCCUGGCCCAGAGCUGCAGGAGGCCGAAGUUGUGGAGAGCUCCGAUGAGGAACCUGUGGAGUCCAGGGCUCACAGGCUGAAGCGCACAGGGCUGCAGAAGGUACAGAGCCUGCGAAGGGCCCUGUCAGGCAGAAAAGGCCCUGGAGCGCCCAAGCCUACGCCUGCCAAGCCACCUCGCCUGGGGCCUGGCCGGUAUGCUGAUGGCCAGCCGGAAGCAGCCCCUGAUCUGGAAGCCAGUCUGGAGCCUGUGCCUCUGCAGGCCACUGAGGAAGAUCCUGGGAGUCCUGCGGCUGCUGAAGCCGCUGUGAUCCAAAUAGAGAGUGUGGCCUGAUGGCUGUCUGUCUAUGCCUGCUCCCAAAAUAAGUCAUUCUCUCCAGUGCUGCAUUCACACCCAAAUAAGGAGUGAAUCCUACACUCACAGCCCGGCUCAGGGCUUUCCUUCCCCGCUUUUUCUCUCCAGCACUUUUACUCGGGAAAGAAAGCACAGCUUCACACACCUGCUUGCACACAAUAAAAGUGGUUUCAUCUAA